AUGAUUAAUAAUCUGGUUGAUGGAAGCCACGACGCUAAGCUUCUUCUUGAAGCUCAAGCCCACGUAUGGAACCACAUCUUUAAAUUCAUCAAUUCCAUGUCCCUUAAAUGUGCAAUUCAGCUAGGAAUCCCAGAUGCUAUCCACAACCAUGGCAAACCCAUCACCCUCCCCGGGCUCAUCUCUGCCCUACCUGUCCACCCAGCCAAAGCCCGUUGUGUCCCUCGCCUGAUGCGAAUUUUGGUUCACUCUGCUUUCUUUGCUCGAGCAAAGCUUAGUGAAAAUGAUCAAGAAGGGUUUGUUCUCACCAAUGCAUCUCAUCUCCUUCUUAAGGACAACCCCUUGUGUGUGACUUCAUUCUUGAUGGCUAUGCUUGAUCCUAUUUUAACAGCACCAUGGCAUUACAUGAGCACUUGGUUCCUAAAUAAUGAUCCUAGCCCAUUUGGUACGACUUAUGGGAUGACGCUUUGGGACUAUGCUGGCCAUGAACCGAAGAUCAACAAUUUGUUUAAUGAAGCUAUGGCUAGUGAUGCUCGGCUGGUUAUGAGUGUGGUGAUCAAUGAGUGCAAAGGCAUAUCAAAGGGGGUGUUCGAGGGCUUGAAGUCAUUGGUUGAUGUUGGGGGUGAAACAGGGAUUGUGGCUAAAGCCAUAGCUCAAGCAUUUCCUCACUUGGAUUGCUUUGUAAUUGAUCUCCCACAUGUGGUGGCUGGGCUGCAAGGCACUGACAAUUUGAAAUAUGUUAGAGGUGACAUGUUUGAUGGAGUUCUUCCUGUAGAUACAAUUUUGCUAAAGUGGAUUUUGCAUGACUGGAGCGAUGAAGAAUGUGUGAAGAUACUUAAGCGAUGUAAAGAAGCAAUAAAAGGCAAAGGAGGGAAGUUGAUAAUCAUAGGUAUGGUAAUAGGGAAUCAAAAGGGAAAUAAUGACUCUAUUGAAGCACAAUUCUUCUUUGAUAUGUUAAUGAUGGUCUUGGUUAUGGGUCAAGAGAGAAACGAGAAAGAAUGGGCUACACUAUUUUCUGAUGCUGGUUUUAGUGAUUAUAAGAUAAUCCCAAUUCUGGAUUUAAGAUCUAUCAUUAAAGUUUAUCCUUCAUCUACAAUUUAG